AUGCAUUUAUCAAAAUUAAUUAUUUCAAUGGUGCUAAGAAUUUUAAAUCAUAUUAUUUUGGCAAAUUGCGCAAUAAUUUUUGGUGGAGAUGGAUAUAGUAGUUUAUUAGCUGGGGAUAAAUUAUAUUAUUUCAAUUAUAUAGGUAAUUUUUUCUAUGUAGACUUAACAGACGUAUCAUUAGAUACUAAUACCGUUAUUGAUCGAACUAAGUGGAUUGACCUUACCGUUAUUAGACCCCAACCAACUAACUCUAUUUCCCGUUACCCACUUUUGAGUGGUAAAGAUAAUGAUAAAAUAUUUUUCUUUAAUACAGACGAUAAUUUCCGCAUUAGUGUAUUUGAUACUAAAUUAAAUAAAUGGGAAACAAUAGACCAAGAUUCCAAAGUUUUCUUAAAACGCAUGCAAAUUCCUAAUUUUUGGAGUGUUUCUAGUGAAUGGGUUUCAGAUAAAAAGAUUGGCAAAUCCUAUACAUUUCAAUCAAUUUCAGCAGGUCUGUCAAUAUUUGAUUCAGUUAAUUUAGAAUUGACACAGAACACUUCAAGUCCGAAGAAUCUUUUUGGUGAAUUCGCUAGUUCGUAUACUGACUUUGCACAAGUUUUGUUGCCAAAUGGACAAAUUCUGUUUAUUGGUGGAAAAAUUGAUAAUAAAGCACAAUCGAUGGACAACAUAUUAAUUUAUAACACCAUAACAAAUACAUGGCAAAUAACGAAUACGGUAGGUGAAAUGCCAGGAGAACGUACCAAGCAUACAGCUGUUCUAACUACGGAUGGACGUAUUAUUGUAUUUGGUGGGGUAUCAAAUUUAUUACCAGCUUCGCCAGACUUGUCAGUCUUGGACAUUUCAAAAUCACCAUAUGAGUGGUCAACACCAACAGUAGAAAAUCCUUUUGGAUCUUUAAUUCUUGGUGGACAUACAUCAAUCAUGGUUAAAAAUUUUAUGGUUUCUGCAUUUGGAAUAAAUGCAUCAGAAUCAUCAGAACCAAUAACUGAAAUAUUUACAACAUCUGAAAAUAAAAAUGUCUAUAAAUUAGAUGUGUCGGAUCCACUUAAGUAUAAAUGGUCAUUAUUUAUUAAAAAUGAUGCCGAUACCCCUACACCAACAGGUUCUAAUCCUAUUACAACGAAUAUAUCUGACUCAGUAUUUGCGUUAAAGUUACCUGGUGUAUCAUUAGAUACUGAUACUAUUAUUGACAAAUCCAAAUGGGUUGAUCUCACUGAGAUUAAACCUCAACCUGGUAUUGACUCCAAUAUCCCACUUUUGAGUAAGGAUAAUGAAAAAUUAAUUAUACUUGAUAAUACCGACGAUGAUGUAAAUGCUUACACAUUUCACACUACAUCAAACCAGUGGGAAGUGAACCCAACUAAAGUUAUUAAAAAGAAAGAGUUUGUUGGCCUUGGAGAGUGGGUUUCAGAUGAAAAUACUGGGAUAUCAUACUCAUUCCUUGAUAGCACCAUGUCAAUAUUUGAUUCAAUUAAUUUGACAUUGACGAAAGGUGUUUCAACUCCGGAAAAUCUUUCUGCAGAUAUACGUAUUUUUGAAGAUUCUGCACAGGUUUUGUUGAAUGGUCAAAUUUUGUUUAUUGGCGGAGGAUUUAGUAGUUUUAAAAAUCCAAUGAGCAGUAUAUUAAUGUAUAAUACCAGAACAGAUACAUGGCAAAUGAUGAAUACAGUAGGUGAAACGCCUGAAGGACGCAUCAAGCAUACAGCUGUCUCAACUUCAGAUGGACGUAUUAUUGUAUUUGGAGGAAUAUCAAAUUCAUUACCAGCUUCACCACAAUUAUCAAUUUUGGAUACCUCAAAAACACCAUAUGAGUGGUCAACACCAAUGAUAGAAAAUCCUUUUACUCUUAGUGAUCACGCAGCAGUCAUGGUUAAUAAUUAUAUGAUUGUUGCAUUUGGUAUAAAUACAAGGGAAACAAUACCUACGCUAAUAGACAAUAAUAAUAUUUAUAAAUUAGAUAUAAGAGAUCCGUUAAAAUAUAAAUGGUCUUUUCUUUCCGGUUUUGAUAGUUCUGAUAAUUUUGAUAGCUCUCUUGACGUUUUUAAGCCAACGAAUUCUACUCCGAUUAAAGCUAGUGUUGAUUCAGCUUCUAGAUUAGGAACACCAAGGCAAUAUAGACGUAAGAUUAAGAAUAAGAUGAAUACUUAUCACCAAAAUAUAUCUAAUAAUGAAAAUAUAUCUAUUAAUGAAGAACUGGAAAAAAGCAUGACUUAA